AUGGCCACUGCUUCCCAACUGGGAGCUGGGACCAUUGAUUGUCACAAACAUAAUAAAUAUGAUGGAAAUGGCCAUCAGGUGACAUCUGGUGUAAACUAUAUACCAAAUAAUUGUGAUAAUCUAAUUGGUGUAAAUGGCUCUGCAAAUGAUGCUGAAAACACCAGCUACAACUCUGACCAUGAUGAUUCUGUGGAUAGUCAAAAUCAGAGUACACGGAAGCGUAAAUACUCUACAGAAUCAGCCAAAGAGUUUGAAGCUUUGGAAAUGUGUACUUCAGCCAAGAUUAAACGUACUUGUGAAAUGGUGUUUGAACAACUGGAGACUGUACGUGCAAAGCUUGCUCAAUCCCAACGAGAAUUGGACGAAGUACAGUCGGUGUCGAAAUUUCAUGAUUUUAUAUCUGAAAAAGUUGAACAGGUAUUCAAUGAUCAGCAUGUAUGGUCUAUGGCAAAUGUUAAAUGUGAUGACGAUCCUUUAUUUAAUGGUGAUCCAUUUGCCGACCUUAAACUGUGGUUGGACAAACAAGCGUCCGAACCACAGGAAACACAUGUUCCAGUUUCGGACACUAAAUCCAAUAAAUUAAUAUCUCCUAACUCACCUGCUGAAGAACUUCCUAAUUCAUCUCAUACACCUCGGCAGUCUAAUGAAAAUCAACCUGAUCAAGUGUUUGAAAGAGUGAAAUGGGAGGCACAAAUUAUUCAAAAAAUAAAUCAACUUCAGCGUGAUGGUUUGUGGAGUGAAAAAAGACUGCCUAAAAUUUAUGAACCUCCAAGAAAUAAAGCACACCAUGACUAUCUUUUGGAAGAAAUGCAGUGGCUUGCUACUGAUUUUGCCCAAGAACGAAAAUGGAAGAAAAAAGCAGCUAAACAAUGCGCUAAAAUGGUUAUGAAGCAUUUCCAUGAAAAGAAAAUAGAAGCUCAGAAAGCAGCCAAAGCAUCUGAAAUGCAUCAAAAGCGUAUAACGGGUUUCAUUGCAAAAAUGAUUAAAACAUUUUGGAGUAAUGUUGAAAAGCUACUUGUAUUCAAACAAUCCACUAAAUUGGAGGAACAAAGAAAAAUUGCAUUAGACGAACAUCUAAAUUUCAUUGUUGAUCAAACUGAAAAAAUGACAACUAUGGUUGCUGAAAGUUUAAUGAAGUCUGCUAAUAACUCUUCGAUCACCCCAUCACAAAAUUCAUCCAUGGUUAUAUCUGAAGGUAAAAGAAAUGAUCAACACUCAUCAUCUGAUGAUAAUAUUACUGUAGAUAAAGAUAAAAUACUAAAUGAGAAUAUGGGUUGUAAAAAGGAGAUUGAUAUAUUGAAACAAGAAUCAAAAUUAUCAAUUGAUGAAGUCCUUGAAAAAAAACCAAAAGGUUGUUUAGAAACACAGGAAAAUGAAGUGGUUGAAGAGCAGAUACCAAGUGAUAGAAGUGAGGAUGAAGAUUUUGAAGCAUCAAAUUCCAGUUGGAGUGAUGAUGAAGAAACUUUACAGCUCGCUGAAAAAGAAGACGGUCGAAUAGAUCAUUCUAUAGAAAUUGCUGAAUUGGAGGCUGAGAAUGAAAUGAGCAUUGAACAACUUUUGGCUAAGUAUAAAGUUCAAUUACCAAAUAACAAAGAUCAAUCUGAUGAUGCAGAAGAGAGUAGCCAGUCUGACCAUAGUUUAAAGGAAGACAUGAAUUCUACCGAUAUUAGUAUAAAAUAUCUCUUGCGGCGAUCUCCUAAUAAAAUGAUCAACGGCACAAGUGACUGUAACGCAGAUAAAGAAAUAAACGAUGUGACAGCAUUAGCUGAAAGUAUCCAACCUAAAGGAAAUACACUAUCUUCUACUAGUGUGGUUACUAAGGUUCCAUUUUUAUUGAGAAAUACACUUAGAGAAUAUCAACAUAUAGGCCUUGAUUGGUUAGUUACAAUGUAUGAACAAAAUCUAAAUGGUAUAUUAGCUGAUGAAAUGGGCCUUGGGAAAACCAUUCAGACCAUAGCCUUAUUAGCACAUUUGGCUUGUGAUAAGGAAGAUUGGGGUCCUCAUCUAAUCGUAGUUCCUACAUCUGUGAUGCUUAAUUGGGAAAUGGAAAUAAAAAAGUGGUGUCCUAGUUUUAAAAUUUUAACUUAUUAUGGUUCCGUUAAAGAACGAAAAAAUAAGAGAAUUGGUUGGACAAAACCAAAUACAUUCCACAUUUGUAUAACAUCGUACAAAUUAGUAAUAACCGAUCAUCAAAGUUUUCGCAGAAAGAAAUGGAAAUACUUAAUUCUAGAUGAGGCACAAAACAUAAAAAAUUUUAAAUCUCAACGUUGGCAACUAUUAUUAAAUUUUCAGUCUGAAAGGAGACUGCUUUUAACAGGAACACCUUUGCAGAAUAAUUUAAUGGAGUUAUGGUCAUUAAUGCAUUUUUUAAUGCCAAAUUUGUUUGCAUCACAUCGUGAAUUUAAAGAAUGGUUUUCAAACCCUGUGACUGGAAUGAUUGAAGGGAAUGCAGAGUAUAAUGAAAACAUUAUAAAAAAAUUGCAUAAAGUAUUAAGACCAUUUAUUCUCCGAAGAUUGAAGUGUGAAGUUGAGAAACAGUUGCCAAAAAAGUAUGAGCAUAUCAUUAUGUGUAGAUUAUCUAAACGCCAGCGAUAUUUGUAUGAUGACUUCAUGUCAAGGGCUAAGACGAAGGAAACCCUUGCGAGUGGUAAUAUGUUGAGUGUCAUAAAUGUUCUUAUGCAACUUAGAAAAGUUUGCAAUCACCCCAAUUUGUUUGAACCUCGUCCAACCAUUUCUCCAUUUCAAAUGGAAGCUCUCACAUAUACAGUCCCUCGUUCCAUAUUCAACAUAAUGGAAUAUGAUCCUUAUAAUGCAAUUGAUUUAAGUUCUGUAAAUUUACUAUUUACCAACUUGGAACGAUUAAUGAGUGCAUGGGCAGCUCAUCGUCUAAAGCGUUAUCAAUUACCAAAUUGUGUAUAUGAACAAUUUGAUACUUUACCUGAUACACCCAUAAGACUUCCUAAAAUUAAAAUGAAUUUUAACAUGAAGCUGCCUAAAAACUUAAAUAUCAUAUCUAAGAUCAAUUUAUGUAAUCCACAAAAUAAAUUAGUUAAUGUCAGACUUAAACACAAUUUACCAAUUGUGAAAUUUUUAGCAGAAAAAGGAAUAAGAGAUUUAAAACUGAGAUCUGUUGAUAGUAAUAUAUCGAGACUUCCACCUUAUACAAAUAUUUCAUCAUUAACUCCUAAAUUAAAUCAAAUCAAACAAUAUCUUAAUGUAAACAAUCAAUGUGAUCCUAAUGUGGUAAAUAAUCGAACAAAAAAUAUCAACCAUGUGCCAAGCAAUGACCUGAAAACGUCUACUCCUAAAUGCAAUGGUUCAAUAGAAGGUAAAUCAAAUUCAUAUAAAGGUUUUGAUAGUCAUAAUGUAAAUGAAGGUGUAAUAAAUGUUCGUAACAAAAAUGAAGUUCUAAACAUUUCAAAAUGUUCCAAAAGUCCAUCAAUAGUAUCUAAAUCUAGACCUUUGAUAGAAACAAAUAAGGAACUGACCGGUGACGUUCUUUUCCAUGAUCCUAAUUUAGAAGAAAAACGAAUUUUGAGGAGAAAAAUGAAAAUGGAUAAUUUAUCAUUUAUAAAUAACAAAAGAAUAGAUGGUGCUACAAAUGUUGUUUAUGGUCAAGAUUUAAGAGAUUUUAUAAGAUUUGAUGCGUCGUCCGGUCAUGUUGGUUGUUCAGAUUCAGUGGAAAGGAACCCUUGGCUUUGGCUUGGUUCAAAUAAUGUUUUAUCUGUUGUUGCUCAGUAUUCUGCUCACAUACAGCGGAUGUCUUACAUGACUGCAGUUGCUUUGUCUGAUUCAGUUAAAACAUUAGAUAGCAGAAUGAAAGAAUUACAUGACUCUUUUGAACAAUUUAUUGUGUAUGUGCCAGCUGUGCAGGGAAGAACUCCAAAAACCGAAUUUCAAUUUCUUCAACAUGAUUCAUCAUUAUUAGAAAAAGAUAUAAAACCAACAUUAAAUGCCUUGCACCCCAUUAUUUCAGCCAUGAGCGUUUUAUUUCCUGAUCAAAGGUUAAUUCAAUACGAUUGUGGUAAAUUACAGUCACUUGAUUACUUACUACGUGAACUAAAAACUGGGCAUCAUCGUGUACUUAUUUUUACUCAAAUGACAAAAAUGUUAGAUAUCCUAGAAGCAUUCCUCAAUUUUCAUGGUUAUAUAUAUUUACGAUUAGAUGGUACAACAAAGGUUGAAACUAGACAGCUUUUAAUGGAGAGGUUUAAUGCAGACAAAAGGUAUUUCUGUUUUAUUUUAUCAACACGAUCUGGUGGUGUUGGUAUAAAUCUUACUGGAGCAGAUACUGUGAUAUUUUAUGAUAGUGAUUGGAAUCCUACAAUGGAUGCUCAGGCUCAAGAUCGCUGUCAUCGUAUCGGUCAAACUCGAGAUGUUCACAUUUAUAGAUUAAUUAGUGAAAAAACUAUUGAAGAGAAUAUUCUUAAGAAAGCAAACCAAAAGAGAUUAUUAGGUGAUUUAGCUAUUGAAGGUGGUAAUUUUACUGCUUCCUUCUUCAAGUCUACAACAAUUCAAGAUCUUUUUAAAGUCAACACAACUGAUGAGAAAAGAAGUGUUCAUAUAUUGGAAUCUGAAUUUUCUCAUGCUCAAAGUACAAGCGAUGGUGAUAGAAUUGCUAUUAAUGUGUUUGAAACAGCUCUUGCAGCUGCAGAAGAUGAGACUGAUGUUGCGGCAGCUAAGACUGCAAAAGAAGAAGCUGUUGCAGAUUUGGCUGAAUUUGAUGAAGCUAUUCCUAUAGUAGAACAAAAUGAAGUUAAACUAAGUAAAGCAGAUAUGGAAGUUCAAGCAUUAGAAAAACAGUUAUCUUGUAUUGAAAAAUGGGCUAUAAGACUUAUGGAAAAUAAUGAGAUGGAUUGGGCAACUAAGCAAGUAGCUUUUGCUGAAGCAGAAUUGGAACAACAAAAACAAGAGUGGAAAGUUGAACAACAACAAGCAGCUAAGCGUACAGAAGAAAGAAUGAAUCAAAAACGUAAACUUCCGGAUUCUGAGGAUGGAGAAGAUGAUUCUGUGGAUUUGACAUUCACCAAUAAAUUUCAGAUUGUUUAUCCUAAUCUUGGCUCAAAAAAAUCUGAUGUACCAAAGAAUUUAAUCCUUGGACCAUGGUCAGGAGAAAAUGAAAUCUAUCACGACCCAUUAUACUUCGGUCAGUAUUCUUAUAUACCAAUGACAGAAGCUCAACUACCUCCCAUUCCAUCUGCUCGGAAACGACCAAGAACUGAUGUCACAUUUAUAAACAACCGUUUAAGUUUACCUGUGUCAUUGUCUUCAAGUACAAAAUCAGCGCAUGGAACACGCGAUAAUAAUGCUGGUGAAUGGAGACCUAAUGAAAAUAUUUUUCCACACCUACCUCGAUCCAUGUUUGAUCGUGCUUCUGGUGCAUUGCUUAAGAUGCGUAAUGAUAUACGUAUUCAGCGAUAUCGUGGUAUUAAUAGGCCCAUGACCAUGACUUUAGCGAGUUUGAAACCACCUUUACCAGCUCGACCUGUUCCUGAACCACCUCAUGUACCAGACUGGCUUAUACAUGAAGAUUAUGCACUUCUGCAAGCUGUUCAAAGAGUGCAAGAAAUGACAUUGAAUUUAGUAAUAUUAUGCCCGGCUCAUACACCUAAUUGGGAUCUAGUCUCUGAGCUAGUUAAUAUGAUGUCUCGAGUCUAUAGAUCUCCUAAACAAUGUAAAAAUAGGUACGAGUCAGUGAUAGUUGCUCGAGAAGAAGGUCGUAUGCUACAGGAACAAUUACUCAAGAAACAAAAAAAAAAAAUUAAUCGAGGAUUACGUACGUCCCAGAUAUAUACAACAGAUGGAAACCGUACUCAUACUCAACUACUUAUAUCCCGUUUUAAUGGCUUAUUAUCCGUUGCUGCUAAACGACAACCUUUGUGUCGAACUAACAGUCAAUAUGUACCCAGCCAAUCGGCUAACACACCUUUAAUUCCAAACGCUAGUCACAUUGCAAUAUUAAAGGAAAAUUAUGAAGUAGACUAUAAUGUACCUUUGGGUCCAAUGCAAGUAAUAAGUCGCCGUACUGAUCGUAUGAUUAGAGAAAAACAACAGCAACAGCACACUGAACCAACAACAGUUAGAGUGCAACCACAACCCCAAACUAUAAAAUCUAUUCAGCUUCCUAACUCUUUACCACCAGCUCAAACUGUUAGUCCAGUUCCAGUUAGACCCUCACCUACUACUCAGCAUCGAAUUAUUAUGAGUUCUCCAUCACCUUCUAUUGAUGCAAAUAUACAAAAUAUACCUCAGACAAGUCCUAAGGUGGUUCCAAUUCCAAUGUCUGUUCAUUAUUCAGCUGCGGUUCAACGAGCACUUAAUUUCACUCAAGCGUCCAUUGUAACUCAAGCAUCUUCAACAACUGGAAAAGUUACUACAAUGAACAAAACUAUUACUCAAUCUCAGAUUCAAAUGUAUCGUCAACAACAACAAAAUAUAGCCAGACAACAACAAGUUAAGAUGGUUAGUGCUCGUGCAACCAAAACGCCUACUGCCAAUAUCAUUCCUGUCCAGACAUCUCAAACACCAACUACUUUUAAUGUCCGACCCAAAAACACAUUAAAUACUAGGAAUAUAACUGACACUGAUGUUACAAAUUUUAUAAAAAGACAUCAAUUAUUACAACAAAAACAAGCACAAACUGUUACCGUUCAAUCACCUAUCGCGACUGCAGGACCGUCAAUAGUUAAAACAUCUGUACAAAGUCUGAUGCUUUCAGCUGGUGCUAAAAAUGCUAUAAGCGUUGCAACUGCUACAAAAAACAUCAACCCUCAACAACAAUUUAGGCAUCUUACACUUCAGCAGCCUAUGUUAGCCCAGAGAAAAAUUCCUGCCCAAAAAGUUACUCAACUGAGUCAAGUUGUGGUGGCCGGUAAGACUGGAGUUCCAACACAAUUGAUAGUUCAAUCUAAGGGUGUACCAAGCACAAUGACUAUGCAACAAUUGCAGACUAUGAUGAAGCAACAAAAUAUCCAAAAUGUUAGCGUUUCCGGUGCUAAUAUAACUGCAAUGCAAUCCAAUUCCAACUCAGGUCAAGUCAUAUCCCAUGUCAUUGCCAAAAGUCAUGGACAGUCUUCAAGUAUUGGGUUAACAAGAGUACUACCAGUAGUUACAACCCAAACUUCGUUAAAACAAGCAAUUCAGGUGGUUAAUCCAGUUCAAACAUUGAGAACAUCUGGUGUUGGGAUUGAAACAGCUCGUUCAACAUUACAACCAUGUUCUUUGACUAAUGUAUUUAAAACUACUGGAAAUUCUGGACAUUCUCCCAACAUACUAUCUCAGGUUGUAUUUCAACAAGGCCAGCAAAUGUCUGUACGGCAAGGUCAGUUACGUGUCCAAAGCUCAUCAAGCCAAGCUGGAUCUAUAGUUGCUGUGUCUAUGGCUCCUCAACAACAGCAACCAACCGUAUUGACUAUACCUUCGUCACCUAAUUCACAUACGCCACGCACAACCUAA